CCGGGCUGCACAGGCCGCAGAGCUGCAUAGCUCAUUGUCCUUGCACGGCAGAAUAGCUAAACCAACUCGCACACUUAGCCUGCUACUCCCGCUGCAGCACUCGCUGUGCAGAAGCGGUCGAUUCGCAGCACCACCACUGGCCAAUAAGGAUGCCGCUCCCGGACCCGACCGGCCCGCACCGCGUCGGCGUCAUCGAAGCGGACGUGCCUGCACGAACGGAUGCCGGAUGCGUACCGGUCGUCGUCUACUACCCGGCAAUCGACGAACCCGACGCGCCGCCGUCGACGGCGCUCUGCGGCGCGACGAGUAGCGAGCCGGAGCAAUUGCGGUGGCUCGACGCGCGCUACGCGGCGGCGCUCGGCAAGAGCCACCUCACGGGCACGCUUGGCGCGUGGUCCGCCGGGGCGUUGAUGGGGAAUUUGGGCCCCGCCGCGACGAAUUACGAGGUCGUGCGCGCGGCCGUCGGCGCCGAUGCCAAACCGCCACCGGCCGGCGGCUGGCCCGUGGCCGUCUUCUCGCACUCGCUGACGGGCUGGCGGCACGUGAACUCGAGCCUCUGCGCGGAGUUGGCCUCGCACGGCGCUGUCGUGAUACAUAUGGAGCACGCCGACGGCACGGCCUGCCUCUGUACCUCGUCCGAGGACGGCCGCGUUUUGGCCGAGUACGUCGACUGGGCGCGCGAGAAGACAGAGGAGCUCAAGCAGAGUACGGACGACGUCGGCGCGGCCCUCGAGGCCUGGCGGCGGGCGCAGGUCGCGAGGCGCGUCGUCGAGAUCGCCGCGGCGCUCGACGGUUUGGAAAAGAUCUGCGCCCGCGUGCACAGGGGCGGCGCCUUCGCGCGGACGGCGUCGAAUGUGGCAGUAAUGGGCCAGUCGUUUGGGGGCGCCGCGGCGGUGGCGUGUCUGCGUGAAAGUCGCUUUUCGCAUUGUUGCAUCUACGAUCCCUGGCUCGACGGCGUGGGCCCGCACCGGCACCCGCUCCCGGACGCGGACUACCAGGGGAAAUUCUCACCGGCCCUGAAGAGACUCGCGCUCUGGUCCUGCGGCGCGAGCCCCUUACAGGAGUCCUGCGGCGCCAACUGGGAUUCAAUAAUGGCGAAGGCUGGAGGUGUUGGAGUGAGGCACCACGAAGAAAAAGCUGGUCAUUUCGCGCAGACCGACGCCCCCGUCGUCUUCGAGCAGGGUCCCCUUUCUUCAAUUUAUUCAGCCCUCGUCUCCAAAGCGGACCAGAGCUCCGACUCCGAGACACUACUGAGAAGGUGCCUAGAGCAGACCGUAGCAGAACUAAGUAGCCUUUACGCAUAA